CUCAUGACUUCGCAACAGCUGCAGCCGCAACGUUCCCUCUUCCCUCCGCGAUUAACACUGACGAAAGAGAGAAAAGCAAAACCUUGCUCUCUGAUAAUCACCGGAAUCUUUGUUUGGAGGCUGAGAUCACGCUUCCAAUUACGGCAACUUAGGUUUUCGGUGAUUUUCGACUUCAUUUUCUGUUUCGUUGAUUUCUUGUAUGGCUUCGGAGGACGUCAAACGAAGCGAAUCGGCUGUUUCUACGAUCGUAAACCUGGCAGAGGAGGCGAAGCUUGCGAGAGGAGGCGUCAAAGCACCUAGUUAUGCUCUGCUUAGCAUCUGCAAAUCUCUGGUUGCUGGUGGAGUCGCCGGUGGAGUGUCUCGAACUGCUGUUGCCCCUUUGGAGCGUUUGAAGAUAUUAUUACAGGUCCAGAAUCCUCAUAGCAUAAAAUAUAAUGGGACGAUACAAGGCUUGAAAUAUAUUUGGAGAACUGAGGGUUUUCGAGGAUUAUUCAAAGGCAAUGGUACAAAUUGUGCUCGUAUAGUACCAAAUUCAGCAGUAAAAUUCUUCAGCUAUGAGCAAGCUUCUCGGGGAAUACUGGCCUUUUACAGGGAGAAAACUGGUGACCAAGAUGCACAACUCACUCCUCUUCUACGUCUUGGUGCUGGAGCUUGUGCUGGAAUAAUUGCCAUGUCAGCAACUUACCCUAUGGACAUGGUGCGAGGCAGGCUAACUGUGCAGACAGAUAAGUCUCCUUACCAGUACAGAGGAAUAUUCCAUGCUCUUUCAACGGUGCUUCGGGAAGAAGGUCCAAGGGCUUUGUACAAGGGUUGGCUUCCUUCUGUCAUUGGAGUUGUUCCUUACGUGGGCCUCAACUUUGCUGUGUAUGAAUCGCUUAAAGACUGGUUGAUUAAAAGUAAACCAUUUGGACUUGUUGAAGAUUCAGAGCUCAGUGUGACAACACGUCUAGCAUGUGGAGCUGCUGCUGGAACAGUCGGUCAAACUGUUGCUUAUCCUCUUGAUGUCAUUCGUAGAAGAAUGCAGAUGGUGGGUUGGAAUAAUGCUGCUUCCGUAGUCACUGGUGAUGGAAGAAGUAAGGCACCCCUCGAGUACACUGGCAUGGUUGAUGCUUUUCGAAAAACAGUUCGUUAUGAAGGCUUCAGAGCAUUGUACAAGGGUUUGGUCCCCAACUCAGUUAAGGUUGUCCCAUCAAUUGCAAUCGCAUUUGUGUCGUACGAGAUGGUGAAGGACGUUUUGGGAGUUGAGAUUAGGAUCUCAGACUGAUUAUUGGUGUUGAUUUUGUCAUACUCACAUCCAUAGAUAUGAAACAAGCUUUUGAAAUUCGGGUCGGAUAUCGAGCAACUAAUUUUACCCGAAGAAGAUAAUGCUAACUGGCAUCUUCAAUUGAUGUAUGAGAAAAAUGAUGUGUUUAGCUAUUUGGUUGAUAUGUUUAAAGGGCUUUCUCUCUUUUUUUUUUUUUUUUUUCAUUAGUUACGAUGACUGUGGGAAUUGAACUUUGUAAUGUAAGGGGGGAUUCAAACCUUAAAAUAAUUAAUCAUGGCCCGUAAGUUAC